AAAAAAAAGAAAAAAUUAGAAUUUGAAAUAGACAGAGUUAUUUUAAUAAGUAGAAUAUUUUAGAAAAUUUACAGAUCAUUACAAUUAAAGCACAGUAAUAGAACAUUUUUUUCUUUUCAGUAUUCAAUUUUUGUUGGAUUUCUAAAAUAAUAGCGAUUAGUUUUCAGUCACCGCCAUGAAUCGACUGUAAAACUCGUCGGGUUGAUCUGGACCUAACAAUUUACUGUUGACUGAAUUGAGGACCGAUCCAAUAGGCUAUACUCUAAAAGUGAUAGUCAAUAAUGACUCGAUUAUCAUAAGAUCAUCGUCAAGAUUGUCUGAAAAAUAUGUAGGGUGUAUCAGUAACCGAAUUCGGAGCGAUUAUCAGUCUUAGACUACAAAAUUUCUCUUGAAAUUAAGAAUACGGUUCGAGUUUGAACCUGAAAAUGUUGGACUUUGAUAAGCUUUAUUCGAUUAACACUUUUGACUAGACAAACGUAUGCAGUUUUUCUUAAACUGACGAGCAGAAAUCGUAAAAUUUUUCAGAAUUUUUAGAAUAAAGAUGAAUCUCGUUUUCGUCUCAUUCUAUUCCCGCAUGAAAUCCAUCUCAAAUUUAGAAAUGAUCAAUCUCGUCCUUCGGUAUGUGUAAGACAAUAGACGAUUUCGUUUUCGAUUUAUGUUAUAUGAAAUAUAAACGAGAGUUACUCUCACAGAGUCUUUCUAGGCUAUUUUUAAUGGACAGAACAAAAAGCUUUGACAUUCGAUUGAAUGGAGUCAAUGCUUUUCAAAGCAUUUGUACGGUUUUAUAACUGGAAAAAAUGCGAUUUGUCUGUAUAUUGAACGAAGUAAUUUUUGCCAAUGGAUAAAUCUCUUUUGAGAUAAGCCAUGACUCUAUUCGAACUUGAAAAAACCAUAAAAUAUUCAUGUCCAUAUAUCUUUCUUCUUGUUUUAUGGGUAUUUUAGUUAGUUUUUUUUAAUAAAAUGCUAUGCUUCCUCUCAAAUCAUUUUCAAAAUCGACUUACUAAUACAAACUUUCCACAAAUAAAUUUCCUAUUAGCACUAAUUCAUCAUCAAACCGUCGGAUUCUUCCAGUAUCGUCUAUCUUCAAAUAUCAAUAUUGAAAAUUUUGUUAAUCAUAAAAAUUAAACUUUUUCGUUAUAUUUAAAUUUUAGAAUAAAAGAUACUUGAAAAUCUGACACUCUUACAAUGAACUAGUCCUAUUGAAAACUUUAUUUAUGCCAAACGUAAACGCACAAGUCGAUUUUCAAUGUGAUCUGAAAAUGAAGCAUCGAAUUUCAUUGUAAAACUCAUGAACACGAAUACUUUUGAGACUUUUUCUAAUCUAAAUAGAAUCUAUCCAAAGUAAUUUAUCAAUUAUUAAUAUUUUCUUAUAAGUACUUUGCUUAUAAUAUAAUCUUUCAUAUAAUCACAUCUACUGUAAAUAAUUAUAAUAUCUCAUUUUAAUUUACAAUCUAUAAAAUAUCUUAAUGUUUUAGGUGCUGAUUUUUGUCAUCAACAUCAUCCAUUACCAAGUGGUGAUAGUUCAAUGUCUUCAAUUAUAUUUGAUUUACUUUCAACUCGUUCUCUUCUUGUUUAUCAUCCAUUAGCAUGUAAUGGUCAAAUUUGUGUUGAUAUAUCAGCUUGUACAUCUCAAAUGAAUGGUCGACUUAAUAAUGGUUCAUGUUUACGUCUUCGUUCAUUUUCUGAAUCAUUAUUAAAUUUAGGUGGUUGUCCUGUACUUUAUCCAUUAUUUGAAAAAUUUCAAGAAACUGAUUGUUCUGAUAGAAUAUAUACAGAUAAUAUAUCAUCAUCAUCAUCAUCAAAUAAUUUUGAAUCACCAACAGAUUGGAUUAUUGUUCGUAGACAAUCACAAAGAAAUUUAUCUAAUAUUGAUAAUCGUUUAAUAUCAAAUCCUAUAGCAUCAAUUAUAAAUUUAUUUCGUUGUGUUUUAUCAUCAAUAUCAAUGAAAAUUUUAACUGAACAAAUGACAAAACGUUAUAAUAUUGAAUUAUUAGGAUUACAUUUAAAUCGUAUAUCAUCAUUUUUUAUUGAUCAACAAUUACUUAUUGCUAUUCAACAAUUAAUUGAAUGUAGUCGAUUAAAUACAUCAUCUCAUGUAUUAACAAAUCAAUUAAUUCAAUAUAUUUUACUUGAUUUUAGUUUAUGGAAUAAAGCUAAACAUGAUGUACGAAUAUCACAUUUACAAUAUAUUGCAGCUGUUAUAAAAGAUGAAAAAAAAUAUUAUCGAACAAAAUUUGGUGUACAAUAUUUUUUAGAUGUUAUUCGACAACAUUUCAAGUAA